GACUAACUUUAAAGACCUACGGUUGCUUAUGCGGUUAUGCUGGCCUAAAGGCUUUCAGAGCGAGCUCAGUUAUGCUUUCAUGGCUUCGAACCCUAAUCAUCGGACGGAAGAAUCUGAUAAUUCUUCCUCUUUGGAGGACCUGUAUAGCAUAAACGUUGUGCCUUCAGAACUGUUCUUCAAGUUCCGGAAAGAGAUCCAGGGCUUUCGUCUUGGUCUCAACCUCGAGUUCUUUAAUUUUGAGGUCAAUGAAUUUGAAACGAAGCUUGUUUUGAAGCCUCUUGCACACGAUCGUAGGUGGAAAUUCAUUUUUGAACCUAUACAUGGGGACAUACGUUUACUAUCCAAAAAGAUUCCCGUAGCAAAGUACCUCAACCUACAGGUAGGAGUAGGCCACAACUUCCACACCAAUGCAACGGGUUGGAAAUGGAAGCUCUCAACUUCUUUGGGUGGAGAUGGCAUUUCUCAGAUCCGAAACAAAACGUCCGUCAGCUUGUUCCCAGGAUUUGAUGUAAGAAUUGGUUGGAGGGCUGAGUACAUCUUUCCACAAAUUCAGGGGGCUGUUGGCACAGGAGAACCCAUGUUAGAUAUGGACUUUGGGCGUUUGAGGGCAUCUAUAGACAGGGUGGAGACUAUUCUCACUCAUGCAAGUUGAAGCUUUUCUGACAGUACCAGGUUUUGAAAAGUCUGAAAAAAGCAAUUAAUUGCCUGAAGGAGUUACAGUUCUGGUUUAAACUUUUCUGGAUUUGAUGGCUAAGGUUUUGUUUGGGAUGGUUUUCUUCCUGCU